UGAACGAAGCGCUACUCGGAAGCAUCAUCGGAAAACAUGGCGGCCAAGGCGCUCCGGCAGCGCACCAGGCGAGGCAGCAGACAAGAUGCAAACAACGUAAAUGUCCCCGCAGAAGCUCGGAUACCGAAAGAAGAGAAAGGUGGCGAUGACAGUAAAGCCGCAGAAGCUCGGCAAGAGUCAGUAAGUCGUGGAGGGCAGGUGUGGGCUCCAGAAGGUUCAACUGCAUUUAAAUGCCUGCUCUCCGCACGAUUCUGUGCAGCCUUGCUCAGCAACAUCUCAGACUGCGAUGAGACCUUCAAUUACUGGGAGCCUAUGCACUACCUGCUGUACGGUACAGGGAUGCAAACAUGGGAAUAUUCUCCGCUGUACGCCAUCAGGUCGUACGCUUACCUGUGGUUACAUGCUCUUCCUGCUUGUUUGCACGCCCAUGUUCUACAGACAAACAAGGUGUUGGUCUUCUACUUCGUACGAUGUGUCUUGGCAUUCUCCUGCUGUGUCUGUGAACUCUAUUUCUACAAGGCGGUUUGUAAGAAGUUUGGUCUGCACGUGGGCCGUAUCAUGUUAGCAUUCCUGGUCCUGAGCACAGGAAUGUUCUGCUCGUCUGCAGCAUUCCUGCCUUCCUCUUUCUGCAUGUACACUACGCUGGUUGCGAUGACGGGGUGGUUUCAGGACUCGACACCGUUGGCUAUCAUGGGUGUCGCUGCUGGUGGCAUCGUUGGAUGGCCGUUCUCUGCUCUGAUUGGGUUUCCCAUCGCCUUCGACCUGCUGGUGAUAAAGAGGCAGUGGAAAAGUUUUAUCAUCUGGGCGGUUGUUGCUCUGCUUGUACUGCUAGUUCCGCUGGUGGCAGUAGACUCUUUCUUUUACGGCAAACUGGUCGUAGCUCCACUCAAUAUUCUGCUCUAUAACGUCUUCACACCGCAUGGCCCUGAUCUAUAUGGUACAGAGCCGUGGCAUUUCUAUUUUGCAAAUGGGAUCCUGAACUUCAACCUGGUGUUUGCUCUGGCCCUGUUUUCUCUGCCCCUCACGGCUCUGAUGGAGACUCUGUUACACAGGUUCAAUGUGCAGAACCUGGGCCGUCCAUACUGGCUGACUCUGUCUCCCAUGUAUCUGUGGAUGUUGGUUUUCUUCACCAGACCUCAUAAAGAAGAGCGUUUCCUGUUUCCCAUCUACCCUCUCAUCUGCCUCUGUGGGGCAGUGGCUCUCUCCUCUCUACAGAAAUGCUACCACUUCCUGUUCCAGCGGUACCGGCUGGAGCACUACACGGUCUCGUCCAACUGGUUGGCUUUAAGUGUAGUCGUGGUCUUCUCAGUGCUGUCCCUGUCUCGCUCUGUCGCCCUCUUCAAAGGCUACCACGCCCCUCUAGACCUGUACCCAGAGUUUCAUCGCAUCGCUAAGGACCCGUCUCUUCAUGCAGUCCCUGAAGGCAGACCUGUCAGUGUGUGUGUGGGGAAAGAGUGGUACCGAUUCCCAAGCAGCUUCCUGCUGCCGCACAACUGGCGACUGCACUUCAUUCAGUCUGAGUUUAAAGGGCAGCUGCCUCAGCCGUACGCCUCCGGUCCUCUGGCCACACAGAUCAUCCCGGCUCAUAUGAACGACCAGAAUCUGGAGGAGCCUUCCAGAUACAUGGAUCUACGGCAUUGUCACUACGUAGUGGAUCUGGACACAGAGGAAGAGACGCUGUUGGAGCCUCGUUAUGCAGCCAACAAAGAGGAGUGGAAUAUCAUUGCCUUUAAGCCUUUCCUUCAAGCAUCAAGGUCACAUCCCCUCCUCAGAGCGUUCUACAUCCCGUUUGUAUCUGAACAACACACCACCUACAGGCGCUACGUCAUCUUGAAACCACGGCGGCAGAAGCAGUCUCGUAAGCGGACCCAUGGCUGACCUCUGUACCUUAACUUUGCCCCAAGUACAACAUCUUACAACAACAAUCAAUACCAUCCCCUCAAAACAACUGGUAUUUGUGUGUGAGUGUGUGUGAGUGUUGGACAUGGAAGCAUGCAUGUGUUUUGAAGUAUUUGUCUCAUGACACAUUUGAAGAUGUCGGACCCUUUAAGGACAUUAUGACUGCCUUGGGCUUGUGUGUGACGAGGAAAUGUCUGUUUUUUUUUAUCUCAGUUUGUGUGUCUGUCAGUGUGUGUUUGUCUGUGUGUAAAUCAAUGUCUUACAGCGGAAGAACACUACAAGGUUUAACUGUAACAUAUUUUAAUUUCUCACUUGAUUUAAAAAUGUGGCCUGAAUGGAAUAUUUGUUUUGCUGAAUUGUGAGUCUAGUCUUGUAGUGUUUUCUCCUCUGCACUUGAACAGUAUCGUAUCGUGUGAGUGGUGGAGAUGAAUGAAAGCGACUGUGCGUUAUUAAUUUAACUUGGAAUGUGAAUAAAAACAUGAUUGACUGCU